AGAUGAUUGACAAAGGGUUGAUCAAACCUCGUGAAUCUGAAUUUGGUGCUCCUGUUUUGUUUGUGUCUAAAAAGGGAGGCAAACUCCGCAUGUGUAUUGAUUACCGCGGUUUAAACCGCAUCACAAAAAAGAACGCCUACCCUUUGCCCCGCAUAGAUGACCUGCUUGACGCCGCGGGUGGAUGCAAGGUCUUCUCCAAGAUCGAUAUCAAGUCUGGCUACCACCAGAUUGAAGUCGAUCUUGCGGACCAGCACAAGACUGCGUUCAAAACUCGCAAUGGGCUUUACGAGUUCACCGUAAUGCCCUUUGGUCUCACGAACGCACCAACCACCUUUCAAAGCCUCAUGGACAAGAUCCUCCGCGAACAGAUUGACCGGUUCGUGGUAGUCUACCUUGAUGAUAUCCUGAUCUUCAGCAAGUCCAUGGAGGAACAUCUCAAGCAUGUUGAGGAAGUGCUCGCUAUCCUCAAGAAGACGCAACUUCAUCUCAACUUGGAGAAAUCUGAGUUUGGGAAGGUUAGCGUCAUCUACCUCGGGCAUCGGUUGUCUGCUGCAGGCCUAGAGCCUGAGGCAACCAAGAUUGAGGUCAUACGUGAUUGGCCUCAGCCUGCGAAUAUUCGCGAAUUGCAUUUUUUCCUUGGUCUCGCAUCGUAUUAUCGGAAGUUUGUACCUCGUUUUUCUAUCAUUGCUCAUCCAUUAUCGCGACUAACCAGUAAAAAUGUGCCUUAUUCCUGGGAUGCCGCGUGUACGAAAGCUUUUCGAGCUUUCAAGGAAGCCUUGGUAAGUUACCCAGUACUCCGCAUUGCAGAUCCCAAACCGACGUUCGUAGCCACUACGGAUGCGAGCCAGUAUGGAAUCGGUGCAGUGCUGCAGCAAGACGACGGCGACAGCUUGCGCCCACUCGAAUAUUACAGCAAACGCAUGCCCAGCGUCAAGGUAGCCACUUCCACUUACAUGCGCGAGCUUUAUGCCUUGCGCAUGGCAUUGGAUUACUGGAACUACUACCUUUUGGGACGCCAUUUCAAGGUCUUCUCAGAUCACGAGACCCUGAAGUGGAUCAAACAGCAAACUACCCUGUCCCCUACCUUGCUUCGUUGGUUCCACGAGAUUGACAUUUUUGAUUUUGAAUUAAGGCAUAAGAAAGGUUGUUAUAACCGAGUAGCUGAUGCUUUGUCUCGCCACCCACAGUACAUGACUUGCCUUGUUAAGUCCUACGACCUCCAGAAGAAACUGAAGGAGGAACUCGUAGAGCACACCGCCAAGGAUCCGGAACUCAGUCCCAUCCUUGAGCGGCUACGGGUUGAUCCAGGUGGUCAGCCUGAUUUUCACGAGUUUGAGGGACUGAUCUUCCGCCGCUACGAGAACCAUGACCGUUUGUGUGUGCCCAACCAUGAGCCUCUCCGCACACACUUUCUGGAUUUGGCUCAUGACCGGAGCGGGCACUUCGGCAUGGCAAAAACGUACGCUAAUUUGCUGAGACAGUUUGAUUGGCCUGGCAUGAAAGGAGCUGCUGAGAAGUUUGUGGCUGAAUGUCAAGUUUGUCAACGGAUCAAACUAUGCAGACAAAAGCCCAUGGGGCUACUCACACCCCUACCCAUUCCCAAUGGUCCCCGGGAGUCUGUCUCCAUCGACUUCACUGACAUGGAUCUAGUGAUUCGUGAAUUCCAACAGAAAUACAUUCUGGAAUUCGGAACCCCGAAGACUCUUGUAAGCGAUCGGGAUCCGCGUUUCAUUAGUACUGAAUGGAAGGACUUCACGUCUCACCUAGGAAUCAAACUGUGCAUGGCAUCUGGCCGACACCCCGAAGCCAACGGUUUGGCUGAGGAGAUCAACCUGAUUGUAUUUCAACUUCUCCGCGCGUUGAUUAUUCCGGACCAGGAGACAUGGGAUGAGGAGUUGUAUUCUGUUAAGGGGUUGUACAACAACUCCGUCCAUUUUGCCACCGCCAUGACACCCAACAGGUUGCACUACGGUUGGCAGAUCCGUAAUCCGCUCUCCUACUUAUUCCCUGAGCAGCCAGCUGGCUUAACACCCGGGAGGCCCGGCUAGGGCUAAGUAUGAUCGCUUGCUCAAAGUUGCUAUUGCAGCUAUGACCAAGCGACAGCAUGCCAUGAUCCACCAUGCGAACAAAAAGCGCCGACCAUC